GGGGGAGUUGGGGUUUUAGAAGGGGAAGCCCAUCGUCGUGCUGCAGCUGCUGCAUGGGCUCUCGCCCCACGAGUAUCGAUUGCUUGCUUGUCCUCCCAUGGUCCCCGCCUAAUUGAUGCUGCUGUGACAGCAUUACAGGGAGGCAGGGUUUUCCGUUGUAGAGCUUGGCCUCAAGAGUGGAAGCCCGGCUUGCAGUUUUGUUUUGGUUUUUUGUUUUCAUUGGCGGAAUUGUCGAGGUUGCGGAAUUAGGGUUGCAGGUGGUAGGAAGGUGAGUGAGUGAGUGAGUGAAGGAAAGGGGAGAGGGAUUUAGUAGGUGGUGGCGGAGGAGGAGGAGGAAGAAGAAGAAGAAGAGUGAGACGACGGAUGUGGAGGGGGAGUUUGUAAGCGAUGGUGAAGGUGAAGGGAGUGGAAUGGAACCAUGUGAUAGUGCUUAAGGAGCCGGAGAAGCACGGCAUGGCGACGCUAGUGCGGUGUAUCCACUGCGACAAGGAGUUUCAAGGGAACGCUAUGCGGAUCCGGGCGCACCUACUUGGGAAUAAGCGUCAGGCGGGCGUGACCGGGUGCCCCACGGUGCCGGACGACGCGCGCGAGGAGCUUAGAUUGAUUGAGAUUGCCAGAGAGCAGACGCAGAAGAAGCGAAAGCCCGUGAAGAUGCGCGGAGUGAGGGGGACGUCGUCGGCCUCGGACCACUCGUCCGGUAGUGCCGAUCAUUUUGACGGGAAAGGGGGUUUGGGGCGGAAGGCGGAGCGGAUUAGCUUGCAACAUGAGCUUCUCGCGCGGAUGGGCUCCAUCAUGGCUUCUGUAGAUCUUGACACUUUCUUUGACGGCUUUGGACUGCGACCUGAAACGGUUGUCAAAAUCAAGGAGAUGGGUUUCACAGCAAAAACUCUUAUGUCUAAUCUUGAUGAACUUCCGUCUUUAUUAGAGUCGAUUAACCAACAUCACCCACUUACUCUUGGCGAGGAGUGGGGGAUCAAGGGUGCUGCGAAGAAGUGGCAAAGAGAACAAACAUUUCUUGCACAUCCGGAAGAUGAGAAGUGGCCAGAUUCUGAGGAUACUUGUAAAGAAGUGGCGUGCAUUGAUACCGAAGAAGUUACACAACUUGAGCCUUACCCAAAGUGGAUUCCGCAGCAACAACAGGGGCAACAGCUUCAAUCACCGCACAAUCAUCUAGCCCCUCCCAACCUUAGUGUUUCGAACUUAUCACCACCAAAUCAAGGUGUUACAGACUUUUUCUCAGGCUGGUCCAGGUGGGUCUCCGGGAAGGGUGGGGUACUAUACGAAUCUUCUGGCAUACCAAGCUCAGGGGAACGCUCGCUUUGAGAUCAUGAGAGAAGUUGAUGUUACCUCACAAAGACAACCUCAGGUCAAACAUUCUUUUGAUCAUGGUGCUGCGACUACAUUUUGAAUGGUGAUAAAUUCACUUGCAUCAUUUUUGCAGCAUGAUAUGAAGGUUUCUCGACUCGCAAGAAUGAGUCUAGGACGGUCUUCUUCAUGAAGGCAUGGGUUCAUCAAGUGCUUGCUAUCAGCUGUUUUAGUUCAAAGAAGCACAUGUGUCCGACAAAAACAUGCAAGAUUUGGUUAUGAGGCGUUAGCACUGUAACUAGCCAUUCUUCACUUGCUCAAGGUUUCCUCUUGACCUUUUGAUCCUCGUUGAAGCAGAACGAGGAACAGCUGUAUCAAAUUUACACAGAUUCAAUGGUGAUUUUCUGCAGGAAACACAGGAGAUUUUCUACACUAUA